AUGAACAUAGCAGAAUAUCUUUCAUCCAGUCAUCCGGAUGAUCUGCGAUAUCGCUUGAGCAUCGCAUAUGCGGUGCGUGUUUUAGAGCAACAGAGUCAGUUAAUGACAAAUAUUGACAUUACUAGGAAUCAGCUUUUCCCAACAUGGAAGAGUGAUGAAGAGUUUGUCCGACGCUUUCUGAUGUUUGGCAAUUCUGAUGGCAUUUAUUUUGCAAGGCAAAUUGACUUUACAUGCACUUUAGUCCCCGAUCUGUGCCGUAUUAUUCAAUCAGGUAAAGGACUGAUGAUUUUGCAACAAAUUUUGGAAAUUUCGGAAUCAAAUCCUGCUCCGAAAAAAGAACCGCUACUAAUGGCUCUUGCCCUUUGUGCACGUUAUAAAGUUCACGAUACUCAAAGCAAGAAGAAAUUACCGUGGGAUACAACGGAGGAAAGGGAAAAACUAUUACCGGAUGCCAUUUGUCGAGACAUUAGACCGGUCAUGGAAAAAAGUUACCAAGGAUGUCUUCAGAAGGCAGCUCUUUUUGCUGUACACAAGGUGUGCGUCACGCCUACUCAUUUGUUUACAUUUAUCGACUAUUGCAAAGUGGUGUCAAAGGAAAGUGGACUUAAGAAAGAUUCUAAUGGUUGGGGGCGUGCAUUGCGUGCAACCGUUGUCAAAUGGUACUACAAUCAUACUCCAAACCGUCUCGCAUUCAUCGUCACUAAAUAUCGUUAUCGUGAAAGUUACUCGCAUCGAGAUUUGUUUUGCCUUUGCCAUAUCCAUCCAAAGCGAAGUUUUUCAUCCGAACACAACUACUGGCAACAUCAAAAGGAAUACGACGAUAUUUUCAAACAUGUUGCCAGGAAUCACAAAGGUAAUGAAAAGGAAGGAAAGGAGAGGAAACGGCGACAAGAAUUAUUACCUGAUAAGCAAUCCAAACGAGGUCGUUUAGAUCUAGAAGAAACAGAACAAGUACGAAAAAAUUUAGAAGAGCUAAAUUUGGAACGAUCUGAAGAGAAAGAAGCUUCUAAAGACUUUGUAGGACUAGCUAAUCCAGUCGUAGAUGCAACUGCGUAUAUUAAUGCCUUUAAUAGGCUUCAGGAGUUAGCAUCUGCAAAUUUAGAAGAAGCAAUUACACUCAUUCUUCAAUAUGGCAAGUAUUUGUUCGAUUGA